CAGCCAAUCGUAUCGUCGCAUCUCGCAGGCUCGCGCCACUUGCGCAGUUUCGACAAGAUUCAAAUUGUUUGAAACGGUUAUACCGAGCGUCCCUUUUACGAUCCGUCUGCCGGUUUUCUCAAUUUCGUCUCGGGGAAGAUGGCCGAGAUCGGUACGCCGCCGAGGGCGAAGUGCAAGAGGGUGACUGACCGAGCCGAAUUAAACACGCCGAUAAAAAUACCGGCCUCGCCUUUCCUGCAGAAGAUAGGCUAUGGCACUGGAGUUGCAGUGUACAUGUUGGAAAGAUCGCCCAAAGUAGGCUCCGUACGCUCACCAUGGGCGGUGAAGAAAUGGCUAAAGGGAAAGAGCAACGAGAUAAAUGACGGACGUCUCCGAUUGGAAGCCGAUGUCCUGCGACAAUUGAAUCAUCCUAAUAUCGUCGGUUUCAGAGCGUUCACCAAGGGAGCAGACGGGAAGCCUUGCUUGGCCAUGGAAGCCCUGGACAUGUCACUUGGUGACAAGAUCGAGGAGAGACGGGAGACCUUGGAGGACGAACCAUUCCCAGCCAAGGACAUUUUGAAAGUCGGCUUUGAAAUCGCAAAGGGGUUGAAGUAUCUGCAUCACACUGUGCACUUAUUACAUGGCGAUAUAAAGAGUUGGAACAUCUUGGUGUCCCAUGAUUUCAACGCGAUUAAACUGUGCGACUUUGGGAACUCUCUGCCCUUGACGGAAUCUUUAGAAAUGGACACGUCGAAAGGCGAUUUUUCUUACGUUGGAACCGAAUGUUGGAAUCCUCCAGAAAUUAUAUUCGAAAACGGACCGGUGACGAACGCUGCUGACAUUUGGACUUACGGUCUUGUCCUUUGGGAAAUGAUAGCUCUAACACCACCUCACUGCGAAGAUUCUGAUGAAAAUGAAUCUUUCGACGAGUCAGUCACAUUCGGAGACAUGAAAAAUAAUCAACUUGAUGAAUCUGAUGUUAGUAUGGACGACAGUAUGACUUUCCUCAAGGACAUAAUGCCGCGUAGAUUCAGUAAAUACGGUACACGUCCAGCUCUACCCGCUAUCGACUUGGACAAAGAGUAUGAACAAAUAUUGGAAAUAUUUUUUAUAUGUACCACAAGUUACAAAUUGAGACCUAGCGCGAAAGCACUGGUAAACUACUACGAGAAAUGCGCAGAUAUGCGUAAAGAAUAACUGUAAGUUAUAAUAAUUAAUUAAUAACAUUAAUUAGUAAAUUAAUCACAUAAAUUUUUUAUUCCUAAUUGACACAUUAAAACAUUCGUGUAAACUAUAUAUUUAUAAGAUAUCUUGUAUAGUUUCUAAAGCGAUGCAAUAAUAAAUAAAAGAAAAAUUAUCACUA